AUGGCUGCAGCAGCAACUUCAUACAAGGGACGAUCAUGGCAGAAUACCGAAGAGGAUGAGUUCGAUUGGGAUACUUUUAAAAGGAGACAUCCCGUUAAGUUACCUUGUCAGUUACCACAUGGUGCUUCUAUACAUGCACGCCCUGUUAUGCGACUCCCUUCGCCCGACCAAAGUUUACAUUUUCCUCCGGCCGCACGCCCUGUUAUGCGACUCCCUUCGCCCGACCAAAGUUUACAUUUUCCUCUGGCCGCACGCCCUGUUAUGCGACUCCCUUUGCCCGGCCAAAGUUUACAUUUUCCUCCGGCUGGCGGCCCACAUGCUCCGCCCCAGAUGCUACCUCGUCCGAAUCCUCCUUUUGUGUCAAGCCAACAUCCAUCUGUUGGAUAUUCUAGUUUGAUUAAUUCACUCAUGGCCCAAGGUGUAAUAUCAUUGGCUAAUCAAACUCCUACACAGGAUUUUGUUGGCAUUGAGUUUGAUCCCAAUAUUCUAAAGGUUCGUCACGAAUCUGUAGUCAGUGCCUUAUAUGGUAAGUUGCCUAGACAGUGCAAAACUUGUGGCCUACGAUUCAAAUCACAAGAUGAGCACAGAAGACACAUGGAUUGGCAUGUGACUAAGAACCGUAACCGUAUUAGUAUGUCUAAAAACCAUAAGCUGAAACCCUCUCGCAAGUGGUUUGUCAGUGAGACGAUGUGGCUCAGCGGCACAGAGGCAUUGGGAACUGAAUCAGCUCCAGCUCCAGGUUUUUUGCCAACUGAGGAAAAGAAAGAAGACAAAGAAUUGGCAGUUCCUGCUGAAGAGGACCAGAAAACAUGCUCUCUAUGUGGAGAGCAUUUCGAUCAGUUUUACAGUGAUGAGACAGAUGAUUGGAUGUACAGAGGAGCUGUUUACCUUAAUGCGCCCAAUGGAAUAAUAACAGCCGGCAUGGACAGGUCACAGUUAGGCCCCAUUAUUCAUGCUAAAUGCAGAUCUGAAUCUACUACCAACCCAUCUCAAGAUUGUGUGAUGGAUGGAGAAGGCAAUCAAAGAAAACGUAUGCAGCAAGGCACAUAUGAUGAAUGCAAUCAAAGAAAACGAAUGCGAUCCUUUUUUUAG